CUCCGUAUUCAAAAUUUGAUGUCAUGCACUCCGUACUUGAAUUUUGAUAACAUUGCUAUGUAUGCAUAUAUGGCCAUCAGCGAUUCCCAGGGUGUUGUAACCAAUCCUGCUUCGGAGGGCUGUGGUCAUCGGCCAUCCAGUUUUGAUGGCACCAUUGGUCCAAAACAUGACCCCAGACGGAGCAACAGGCUGGAAUUCUUUGGCCAUUCUCCACAUGGCCGUUCUAUUUGAACAACCAGAACUCUUUGGUGUGGAAACGGCUCCGGAUCAUGGUGCUGACAUGAAGACAGCCUCCAGACAGGGGAGAUGACGCAGUUGGCAGCAUCUUUGGAAUUAUUUGCACCAGAACUCCAUGGCAUUGUUUGUGUGUGAGAACUGGAUUGGGUUCGAGCCCAUUGUGCCGGCUCAAGCACGCCUAACAACUGGGAUGACUGCUCGAGAAGGUGCAGUCUACGAGCAGAAUAUACAGCUCGCGGCGUUGAGGCGACGAGCGCAAUGGCAGGAGGCCAUCGGGAUUCUGAGAGCCAUGAGACCGGCCUCCCUGGUCCCGGAUAUCGUCUCCCACAAUACCGUGGCGGCCGCGGUUUUCGUGGCUGCACCUGUCCGCUGGGCGCGUGCGCUCCAGUUGGGCCUUGAGAGGAGCGCAGCCAAUCUCAUCACUUUCAACACCUGCAUCAGCGCUUGCGAGGGGAGCAGGCGUUGGUGUCAGGCCCUCCACCUACUCCAAGAGUGCUCGAAGCGCCGUUGGCACCCCGAUGUCUUCAGCUUCAGUAGCACCCUGCAUGUUCUCAAGGGUCUUUGGGAAAGGAGCCUGAGCCUUGCCGAGUCGAUGCACGCUGCCAGUGUUCAACAAAACCUUUUCACCUUCAACAGUGCCUUGAGCAGCUGCGAAGCCGCUUGCCGAUGGCCUCGAGUGGUCCACAUGUGGAACCAAAUACCUCACCAUGGACUUGCUUGCGACUGGGUGAGCUGUGGGACUUUGGCGAGUGCCUGUGGAGCAGCGAAGACGUGGGCGACAGCCUUACAGGCUUUGGAGUCCUUAGAGGCCCCAAAUCUGAUGAUGUUCAAUGCAGCCAUGAGUGCGUUCACUGUUGCCACGAGCUGUUGGGAGCUGUCAGCCGACCUCAUGCUCCACAGGAUGCGAGCUGCCCUUCUAAAGCCCAAUGUGAUCAGCUUGAACAGUUCCAUCAGCUUGGGGACCAGCUGGCGAAAGGCUUUGAACCUUUUGAGCCUUCACCGGGCUGCCCAGCAACGCUUAGACGAGGUGAGUUGCAAUACCAGCCUCAGCUGCUGCCAGGGCACUGAUAUUUGGCGCGUGGCUUUGUCGCUGGGUGGGUCGAUGGCCAGAGAAGCCUUGACACCGACAGUGGUGACCUUCAGUGGGCUUGCUACCACAUCCUCACAAAGUGGUCACUGGAGCUUCGCUUUGCUUUGCCUUGAGGCCAUGGACAUUUCAGAGGUGCGGGCCAACGUGAUUUCUCAGAACAAUGUUCUCCACGCCUGCCGACGAACAGACCAAUGGCCCCAGUCUCUCCAUGCCAUGGCUCGCAUGAGGGAGUGGACCUCUCCCAAUGAGAUCAGCUACAGUACCACGUUGCAAUCCAGCGCUUUAGCCUCCCGCUGGAGAGAUGCCAUCUCCUUGUGCAGUACCGCAGCGCUGAGCCGGUUGAGCGGGAACGAAGUGGUGCAGAAUGCAAUGUUGGCUGGUGGAUGGCGGCAAGCACUCAGGCGGCUACACAUGAUGGAGCAGGGCGAGUGCCGUCCAAAUCUGGUCAGUAUCAACAGUGUCUUGCACGAGUGCGAGGCUGGAGCUUCAUGGUGCCAGAGCCUUCGACUCCUCCGGGUCGCGAUUUCUGGUGAGCUGAGGCCUGAUGUGAUCAGCUACACUUCGGCCGCCACCUGCUGCACGCUUGCGCAGCAAAGCUUGGCAGCUGUCAUGCUCAUGGAGCACAUGUCGCGUGUGGAUGGCUGAGAGAAAAUCGAUUGAACAUCGGCCUGGAUAUGUGGACAACACAGUCCUCAGAAGGUCUUUAGCCAAACAGCCAAAUCCC